AUGAAAAUAUUAAAUAUAUUAAUUGUUUUGAAGGAGGUUGUUUAUUAUAACAUAAGUUUUUCAAUUUUUUUAUUUUUAGGUUGUGAUAAUCUUUUUGCUGUUUUUGCCGAAAAUGCAUUUAAAAAGCCACAAGACUGUUUUAAUUAUUCUUUUUAUUAUUUUGAAAUUAAAUGUAAAUUUGAAAGAGAGGUGGUUAAAGAUUUAAAUUGGAUGAAUAUUAGUCUUGCAUGUUGUGAUAAAACUAAACAUAAUAAAUUUGCCGCAAAAAAUACAACAAUUCAUAACGAGGAAAAGAAAUACAAAAUUUCAACAGUUAUCAAUAAUAAUGAUAUUUUUGGUUGUGGAUUAGUUUAUCCUCCAACUAAUAAAAUGAAUUACAAACUUCCAUAUAUUUUCUUUACCCAAAACGGAAAACAAAUGGGUAAAGGGAUGUUAUUGAAGGAAAAUCAUGACUCAUAUAAACCAUGUGUUUGGCUUCAGUGUUGUUCAAUUGAAACAAACUUUGGAAAUGAUUUGGAAUCAAAGCCAUUUAAAUAUGACGUUUCAAAACAUUUCAUUCUUAAAGAAUUUUAUUGA